UUAAGCACCCGCUCCUCUGAACACUGCUCCAGAUUUGAAUUGUGAUGACAAACUCAGGCACUAAAAUGGAGACUAGGAGGAGAAGGUCCGGCCAGUUUUCAUUGUCUCAGAAGCUUAGAAAGCCCAGAGAAACAGAUCUCCUUCAGCAGAGGCUUCCUGUAUGGAACCCAAUGCUGACGCCGAUAAACACGGCGCCUUUUUUCUUUGGCUUCAGCGUGAUCUCUGCCUUACUUGGCCUACUGCUCAACAGCACAUCCAGAAAUAUCGUAGAGUUUGAGAUCGAUUACACUGGCACAGAUCCACUGAGUCCGUGCUACAGCUGUGCUAAAAACUACAGUAGGACAAGCACAACUCUGUGUACCUGCUCAGUGGCCUUCACCCUGGAUAAGGCCUUCAAGGGGAACGUCUACAUGUACUAUGGCUUGUCUAACUUCUUCCAGAACCACAGGCGAUAUUUAAAGUCCAGGGACGACGCACAACUGAACGGAGAACCCUGGGCUCUAAAGAAUCCCAGCAGCAGAUGUGAGCCGUACCAAAGAGACGGCGGCCUGCCCAUCGCACCAUGUGGAGCGAUCAGUAACAGCCUCUUCAACGACACUCUCCGGCUCUAUCGCGUGGAUUCCACUGGCACCAAAACUGAGGUGUCUCUGGUGAAGAAGGAUAUUGCCUGGUGGACUGACAAACACUUAAAAUUCAAGAAUCCACCAGGAAACAAAAACCUCAGUCUUCUGUUUGAAGGUACAAACCAACCGCCUAACUGGAGGAAACCGGUCUACGAGCUGGACCCAUCAGAUCCAGGAAACAACGGGUUUAUGAAUGAGGAUCUGAUUGUAUGGAUGCGUCCGGCGAUGUCUGCCAAUUUCCGCAAACUCUAUCGGAUCAUCCCUGGACUUGACAAUCGUCCGACUCUGCCUCAAGGAGCUUAUGUGUUGGAUGUCGCCUACAAUUUCCCGGUGAUCAGCUUUGGUGGCCGCAAGCGAAUGAUCCUGAGCACCAUGUCUUGGAUGGGAGGAAAAAACCCAUUUUUGGGCUUAGCCUACAUCACUAUGGGAGUUGUCUUAUUCCUCCUGGCAGUCAUCUUUCUCAUGGUCCAUUUAGUGUGCGGAACCUCUAGCAGGUUCCUAGAGGUUCCGCACACUGCUGCUGCCUAACUUCACAGGUAACAUUGACUAAGGGUUGAGUUAGGGUCUGUCCUAGGUCUGUCCCAGGGCCUCCACCUGAGCUCACUUUGCCUGUGGGAGGGACUUCAUGAAACAUCCUGGCCUCCUUUGAGUCAGGGUUGUUGUGAUUCUACUUUCGGUCUCAUGGGUAUCUCUCUUUCAAAACAUGACAGUCCACUCAUUUUCUAACCUGUGAGGAAAAAAGAAUGUAUAAUAUUGUUCCAGACCAGAACCUCCCGUCACAGGAACAGCGUCUUCCCCUCGGCCGUCAGACUGUUGAAUUCGUGAACAGCCUUUGGUGUUUAUUUUAUUUUAUUUUACAUUUUCUGUCAGCACUUUAUUCCACAACACUUUCCUAGAUGGUGGGCUCCUCACUGACCAUGGCAAUAAAUUUCAUUCUGGGUCUGUCUUGUCUUUAACACUACUCCAACCUCACCGACAGAUGGCAGUGCAAAACAAUCAGUCACCCUCCGCCACCUGAGUGAACGCAGUCAAAAUUCUACAACUUUUUUGUGAAGCCAUUUAUCAGUCUUUUAUACCGCGUAUUUACCAUUUGAAUAAAUUCUAAG